AUGUCAUCCGGCGUAGAGUCUGAGUCAGUCUUGGCUGAGAUGCCUGGAGAUACCUAUAUACCAGAGAGUCCACUGAUUGUCGAUACAUCUAUCAGCCGUAAUGGCUUGGUGUUGUACCAGCUAGCACCUGUGCUUAGCGAUAACUCUGCUGAGUACCUGGGUCCUACAAGCUUCACUUCUGUCUUUAUGGAACAUCGUGAUCACUUUGAUGUAGAAAAUGCUCUGAAAGCUUCUAGUGACAAGGACGUCCAGGAGAGCUCUCAACCACGGUUGCACCAUCACGACCUUCACACCAGCUCCCAGCUCUUGCAGAUAGGCACCCAGGUAUUGCUUGAUGUCCCAGAUGAACGGAGCUGCAAGAUCCUUUUCUUAAAGCACAUCAAUCCAAACGACGGCUGGAUCAGACUCGCGGGGCAUAUUCUAUCCGACAUGAUGUGGAGCUCUUUCCGAACUACUCUCAAUGGACGACACAAGGAGCAACUAACUGACCUAUCCCGUCUCAUAUUCAAAAAUAGCAUGACGCCUCUUGUUCCAACGGAUAACCCGGACCAGUGGUUGAAGUCGUUCGCGGGGAGUAAUUUACGCUGGGAAUCCCUUGGGAUUUUAUUCACAUACUGGGCAUUUGGCGCGAUAUCAUCAUCCCCAGAGAGCGACAUUUUAUCACGGUACAGAGAGAAACGCGAAUAUAUUACUGACCUCAAACAACUGAUGGCUCAUUUUAAGAACUGCGCUCUAUUUUGCAUUGAGCUGUGCAGGCAGUGUUCCUCAGUCAAUGCCUUGACGGUAUAUUUGAUGUACAAGCACAACAUUCUGGAGUCAAUCAUAAGUGGAGAUAAGAGUUUGAAAUGUUGGAGGCAACACGGGGAGCUCAUUGCAGUGACUACAUGUAUUGGUAUCCAUCGAGAGUCAAACCAAGACUCGCAAAAGGUUACUUUGCAGCGAGAGAUGAACCGGAGAGUCUGCGCGGCUGUGUUCAACAUUGACAAAGUUCUAUCAGCAUUCACUGGGAGACCACCACUUCUAAAUCGCUUACAUACAUCAACAAAGCUGCCUUUAGAUAUUAGCGAUGACGUUCUGUUGUCUGCCAAGCUUCAGGAGUCUGUUGCUAAGUUGGACGAUAAUGGAUGGAACCAAAACGGCCACAUCUACUCAACGACAAUUCUCCGUGCUCGUACUUUGUUUGCAAAGAUCCGUGAAGAGAUCCUAGAGAUCACACUUGACUUUGCAUCACAAUCCGCUCUAGAACGUGCUUUAGCAUUGAAGAACGAAACAUUGUCCGUCUACGAGCAACUUCCGGCGUCUAUAACAUACUCGGCUAGUGAUAUAGAGAAACUCGAUGCUCCUGGAGAUGAUCUCUAUGCCCGAAUCCUUACACGGCUCGAAUUCCUGCUCAAUAAUUUUCUACUAGAAAGGCUCCUAACUAGGAACAGCAUUGUUCAUGCACAACAAGACAUUACAGAUGUCAGCAGAGAGAUGCUAGAACUAACAUUGAUCUUCUGGAGAAACCAAAGUUAUUUCACUGGUUUACAUAGUGAUUUUGAGUGGCUGGUUAUGUCCUACGCAGUCCCAUCCAGUGGGAUCCUCUGCCUUGAAUUACUACGGCAAACCAACCAUUCAGAAAUCGACAGUAGUCGUCUUCCAAGGUCGGAGGUUAUCCAGAAUCUAAGUCUCCUCGUUGGGUUCCUUGACUGGCUCCGACCCACCACAUCAAGUCGUGAUCUUAAUCUGUUUAUUACGCGGAUCCUACGUCGCGUGCUUGACCGGAUACUGGAUACGCCGCCUAGGAUCGGUGACCUCCUGCCCGAACCGCACCCUUUCCUCGAUCCGUACCUACAAAACGGAGCUUACGAGGGUCCUGAUUAUCACAAUGAGUUUCUGAAUACCUUUGACUGGGUUGGCUGGGACGGAGGUUGUAUAGACAUUGGUCCAUCCUGA